GUGACCACCAGAUGGAUCAGAUCAUCGAAAAGCUCAAGAAAGUACAGGAGCAAUCGCCAGGAGGAAGCUUGCCAGAUGCGGCAAAGCUUGACCAGAUCCUUCAAGGAGGAAAAGAGGUAUUGAGGGUCGAAGGCGAUCUCUAUCUGUACAGUGCCCAUGCGGACGCCUUCCUCUCCAACCCGCAGGUGCAGGAAGUCUUCGAGCUCUUGAUCGCAGGGAAGGCGCAGAUUGACACUCGGAAUGUGGAGGUGAAGCUUUCAAUUCCUCAGAGGAUUGUUGAAGCUGAGUGGCAGAAGAAAGCCAAAG